GAUAAAGUCGAAUGCAUGCCUGCUUAAUAGGAGCUUUCUUGUCUCAUUAUAUCACUGCAGACCGUCCGAGUCGUCAAUUGGCAUUUAACAUCCCGUAAGGCGACCCGUCGCGGCUCUCCCGCACAUCCCUGCAAGCUCCACUGCCCCUCGCGGGGUACCUUUGCGCGUUCAAAAAAUCUUGCCGCCAUCGGCGCAGCCUCCCAAUCGACACACCAUCCACACACAAUGGCCACACCACUCCGAGUCCUCCUCGUCGGCAACGGCGGCCGCGAGCACGCCAUCGCCUGGAAACUGCUCCAGUCGCCGCGCAUUGAGCACAUCUUCGUGUGCCCGGGCAACGGCGGCACCGCAACCAUCUCGCCCAAAGUCACAAAUGUCUCUGCCGUGUCCGACUCGGACUUUGCGGGCCUCGUCGCCUUUGCCAAAGACAACAAUGUCAACUUCCUCAUCCCCGGCCCCGAGGCGCCCCUCGUCGCCGGCAUCGUCGACUUCUUCGCCCAACACGCGCCCCACAUCAAGGCCUUUGGGCCCUCCAAAGCCGCCGCCACCAUGGAGGGCAGCAAGACCUUCUCCAAGGACUUCAUGGCGCGCCACGCCAUCCCCACCGCCGCGUACCGCAACUUCUCCGACCACGCGUCCGCAGCCGCAUACCUCUCCUCGACCACCCACCCCGUCGUCAUCAAAGCCUCGGGCCUCGCCGCAGGCAAAGGCGUCAUCAUCCCGACUUCCCGCGACGAAGCCCACGCCGCCCUCGCAGACAUAAUGCAGACCCACGCCUUCGGCGCCGCGGGCGACGAAGUCGUCAUCGAAGAACUCCUCACGGGCGACGAGCUCUCGAUCCUCUCCUUCAGCGACGGGUACACCGUGAAAUCGCUCCCGCCCGCGCAGGACCACAAGCGCAUUUCCGACGGCGACCGGGGCCCGAACACCGGCGGCAUGGGCACGUACGCGCCGACGCGCAUUGCGCCGCCCGAACUCCUCGCUGCGAUCGACAGGGAUAUCCUGCAGCCCACCAUCGACGGGCUCAGGGCCGAGGGCAUGCUGUUCAAGGGCGUGCUGUUCACGGGUCUCAUGCUCGCGCCGUCCGGGACAAAAGUGCUGGAGUACAACGUCCGCUUCGGGGACCCCGAAACACAGAGCCUAUUGGCGCUGAUGGACGGCGACCUAGCAGCCGUAAUGGAAGCGUGCGCCGACGGGCGACUAGCGGACGUCGACGUGCGGGUGAGCGGGCGGUCGGCGGCAACGGUAGUGGUCGCCGCGGGCGGGUAUCCGGGCGCGUAUGCAAAGGGCACGCCGAUGCGGGUUGAGCCUGUCGCGGCCGAUACGGUGCUGUUCCAUGCGGGGACGGUGGUGGAGGGGGGCGAGCUGCGGACGGCGGGCGGGCGGGUGAUUGCGGCGACGGCGACGGCGGAGACGCUGGAGGAGGCGGUGGCGAAGGCGUACAAGGGGGUCGAGAGUAUUCAUUUCGAGGGGAUGCAGUUCCGCAAGGAUAUUGCGGGGCGGGCGUUGAAGAAGUAGUUCGAGGUAGACUCGGAGCAGCCUGAAGAAGUAGGUUGAAAUAUGUUUGAAGAAGUAGAUCACAGCAAGGUUCCAGCAAACCUCUCGGCGUCCAAAAGUCAAUUCACCCACACACAUCACCAAAGAAAAACAUCAAAGAAUACCGCGCCUCCGCGCUUAACUAUC